AAAUCGCGGGAAUCAGAUGAUUUUGUCGCUCAAUGGCACCUGAGAGUUUGCUAUAAAAAGUCGCUGAGUUUCCCUUCUGAGGUUUUUCCAGGAAAAUCAGGAUGAUUGUUAGAUUAAGGAUUCAUCAAGUGUUUUUAAGUGUCUCUAAUGUAGUUUCUAAGAAUUUCCUCCGAAGAUUAUCCGUGGGAUGUAAAGAAAUCGAUGAGCGUGUCAUCUCUUCAGAAACCAAGAAAGUCAUAGAGAAUCACUGGAAAGAGUGUAUUAAUCAUGCAGAGUAUAAAGAAAAGUCUUCUCAGGAAAAGCAUUACGUUUUAUCAAUGUUUCCUUACCCUUCCGGAAACCUUCACAUGGGCCAUGUCCGGGUAUAUACAAUUAGCGAUGCUAUGGCUAGGUUUUUCAGAAUGUGCGGCAAGAAUGUACUUCAUCCAAUGGGGUGGGAUGCAUUUGGAUUGCCAGCUGAAAAUGCAGCAAUCCAGAGGGGAAUUCCUGCUCAGAAAUGGACAGAGAGUAAUAUCCAGAACAUGAAAUCACAACUUGAGAAAUUGGGAUGCUCUUUUGAUUGGAGUCGAGAGAUAGCCACCUGUCAGCCAGAAUACUACAAGUGGACACAGUACCUAUUCCUGAGGUUAUUCAGAGAAGGAUUGGCUUACCAGAGAGAAGCUCUUGUGAAUUGGGAUCCAAUUGAUGAGACUGUUUUAGCAGAUGAGCAAGUAGAUGAGAAUGGAUGCAGUUGGCGUUCAGGUGCUAAGGUGGAAAAGCGUCUGUUAAAACAGUGGUUCAUCCGGACAACAAGAUUUGCAAAGGAACUCCUCGAGGGACUGGACAGUUCUUCGCUAGAGGAUUGGAGGGACAUUAUCAAGCUUCAGAAGCACUGGAUAGGAGAUUGCGAUGGAUACACCUUUGAUUUUGCAGUGGUUAGUCGACAUCCUGAGCAGAAGCCAGCAAUAUCUACUCUUAAUCUGUGGACUCAGAAGCCAGAACUACUGAAAGUCACCUGCUUUGUUGGUAUCUCACCAACACAUCCUCUGGCAGAAGAUACAGAAAAUUUCAAAGUUAUGAAUCCCUUCACUGGACAAAAAAUCCCAAUUGUUGUCUCAGAGGAUGGAGAUUUUCCUCCUGGAUGUGAUGCUUUCCUGGGAACCUCAACGACUGACCCAGGAAAUCCAAAUGAAUCUGAAGAAGUACUCCAAAAAGCUCAAGAAUUGGGAAUUGGAGGCUUUCCUGUUAGUUCUAAACUCAAAGAUUGGCUAAUAUCUCGUCAGAGAGUAUGGGGUACGCCAAUUCCCAUAAUCCACUGCCCAGAUUGUGGACCUGUUACUGUUCCCGAACAUUCUCUCCCAGUAACUCUUCAACAGAUCCAGGAAGAGCACGUUUCCUGCCCGGAAUGCAACAAUCCGUCAGCCAGAAGAGAAAAGGAUACAAUGGACACCUUUGUGGAUAGCUCCUGGUAUUUUCUACGCUUUCUAGAUGCUAAAAACAAUGACGAAAUCUUCAGAAAAGACCUGGCCAGGAAAACGAUGCCCGUGGAUCUUUACAUUGGUGGCAAGGAACAUGCAGUUCUUCAUCUCUAUUAUGCCCGUUUUAUGAAUCAUUUCCUACACUCAAUCGGACUUGUUCCUCAAUCUGAGCCAUUUAGAAGACUUCUGGUACAGGGAAUGGUCAUGGGCAGGUCAUUUCGUGUCAAGGGAACGGGCAAAUAUCUUCCUGAGAGUGAGGUUGAGAUUUUGGAUGAGAAGCGCAACAAAGCUGUAGAAAAGGCUUCCAGGAAACCAGUUGUUGUAACGUGGGAAAAAAUGUCCAAAUCCAAACUCAAUGGAGUGGAUCCUGAGGAAGUUUUUGAGGAAUUGGGCAUCGAUACAACGAGGCUCGUAAUUCUUGGGGAUGUUGCACCGUUUUCUCACAGAAAUUGGUCGAGAUCGACAUUUCCUGGCUUGAUAAAUUGGCAAAAACGUCUCUGGAUGACCGUUUAUGACUUCUGCCUGCUCCGUCAAGAGGCCUCCUCGUCUGAAAUGCCAAAGGACGCAAAGUUUGCCGAGGAAGAAGCCAAACUGAGUGACGCUCGAAAUUACUACGUGAAGGGCGCUACUUUUCACUUCCGUCAUACUCACCAGAUCAGUGUCGCCAUCAGCAAGAUGCAGGGACUCACCAAUUCCAUUCGGCGAGCCCCGAAGGAAGUUGUGCAAUUUGGAAAGGAAUAUCAGAGAACUCUUGGUACUCAGAUUAUCAUGUUAGCUCCUCUGGCGCCGCAUUUUGCUUCAGAAUUGUGGGUGAGAUUUUCCCAGGGAGCUCAGAAAAAUGAUGCCUUUGAUUUUGACAAGGAUGUCCUUCAGCAAACAUGGCCUGAAGUCGAUCAGGAGUACGAAUUAGAUCUCACAGCAAAAGUUAAUGGUUUGGAAUUGGCUUCAAAGAAGAUUCCCAGAAGGACCUUGGACAGAAUGACAAGAGAAGAGGCUUCGAAAAUUGCCUUGGAGAGAGAUGAAAUUAUCAAGUUCAUCGGGAACAAAAAGAUUCUCAACACAGUUGUUGAAUUCUAUCCUGGGCUGGAGAUUGUGGUCAAUGUAAUUGCCGAGAAGAGCAACAGAAAGAAGGAAAGUAGUUUAGAAAAGCAACAGCAAUCCUGUUGAAAAAAUAUAGACGAUAAUUUAGCAAAUAUAGAUUUCUUUUCAAUAAAACAACAAAUUGUUGGAAUGUU